CUAUUACUUUGAUACAUUAGCAUGCCUUAGGGCGAGUCAAGCCCGUACCAAAAUAUACUAGUCGCUCGCUCCACCCCGCGAGGCCCUGUAACAGAAUGGAGCCGUCACAUACGUAUGUGGAGGACCACAUGGAGGUAUCCAUGACAGGAAGCACAGGCGCCAGCACCCGCACGGGUAUGGGCGGCAGGUCACGAAGCACUCGGCCGGUCGCGUCCAAAUACCUGUCGUCCACAGCCGCCAGUUCCAUGACGGCACGGAAAGACGCAACAGGACGCGAACCACUUCACCUUCGGGCUGGCGGUAGCGUUGCGCUUGCCACCUCCACGCCAGCCCAGCCACUGGUGCCUGGGCGCAGCCUCAACCUGGAGGCCCACCUGCAGCGCACCGGCAAUGCCCUUACCAGCAGGACGCUGCUGGCACGCACUCAGAACAACAGCCCUGGUCGAGACGUGUCGGUGGGCUCGGCGGCAUCGAAGUGCGGGCAGCCUGGCAACUUGGCCAGCCGUAUGGAGGAGGUGAAGCAGGAGGACAGGCGGGAGGCGCUGCAGAGGUACCUGGAUUCUAAGCGCCAAGGUUACGGCGCCACCGCCCCGAGCGGGCCGGCGCCGCGUGUGCCGACCCUAAACAUGGCAGCUCUGCAAGCAGCUGGCGCCGGCAGCGUGCCAGGUGCAGGCAGCAGCACUGCUCGCAUCUCCGGCUCCGGCGCCGCGCCUGCAGCCGCCGCACCGCCCAACUCGGCUCGCGGUAACUACGCCGGCUUGCAACAACAGCAACAGAUGCGGGCUGCAGCAGCUGCAGCGCCUGUGUCUGCCCGCGGGAGCAGCGGGCCUGCUUCUGCCGCGGCUCGGGCGCGGUAUGGUGCCGGGGUGGUCACUGCCAUGGCGCCGCCGCCGCCCCGCGGCCCGGCCGUUGUGGUGGCUGCAGCUGACCCACAGGUACUGCAGCGGGCGCUGAGGAAGCAGCUGCCUGCCUUUGACGUGGAGGAGGCGCUGCGGGUGCCCCUCCCCGACGGCAACGAGGACGCGGCACUGCGCACGCCCGUGUCCCUGCCAUCCUCGCGCAUUGCCAAGAGCCCGCUGCGGGGCGCUGUAGCUGGUGCGGGCAUGGCGCCGGUGCCGUUUUCUCUGAGUGGCGGCGGGGGCCACGUGGUUCAGAGCUUCGCCUCUUCAGCCACAGCAGCUGUGGCGGGUGGGCUCGCAGCAUCCCAGCCGGCGCGGAGCCCGCCGCCGCUCAGCGCGCGCGGUGUGGCGCCACCUGGCCCCACCGCGGACAUGGCGGGUGGCCGGCUAGGCUCAAAUGCUGAGGCCAGCACGUCUGACAUUGCAGGACGCUCCAUGCGGGACCAGCUCAAGGCGGUGCGAUUGCUGGAGCUGCAGUACCGCGUCCUGACCGUCAAAGCUGAAGCCGCGGCCCGAGCCCGCUAUGAAAAGGGUGUGCGGCAGCUGCACUUCAUGGCGGUGCUGCUGGCGCAGAUGAUGAAGCGCAGUGUGGAGGUGCAGCGCGAGCUGGUGACCGCGCAGACGGCAGCGCGCACGCAGCACGUGCUGGACACGCAGCUGCCGCUGCUGGAGCGCUGGGCGGCGGUUCAGGAUGCGCACGCGCACGCCACGCGCGAGGUGCUGACGGCGCUGCAGAACGCCAUGACCAGCCUGCCGCUUGUCAACGGUGCCGGGCUGGGGGGUAACACCGGCAUGGGGCUGGCAAUGGGCGGUGGCGCCAGUGCAGCCGCGCUGCAGCAGCUGCGCAGCGCACUUGCCAAGGGCCUGGGCUCGCUCCAGUCAUGCGAGGCGGCGCUGAGGCUGCUGCUGGAGGGCAGCCGGGACGGCGGCGCAAGCCAGGCGGCGGCAGGGGGCGCAGGCGGCGACGUGCCGGGAGCCGCGGGAGCCGAGGCGCAGCAGCCUCAGGGCGGUGUGCCGGCGAUGGCCAACCUGCUGCCGCGCCUGCACGAGACCCUCGUCGGCGAGGUGUGUGCACUUCGCUCGCUGCUGGAGGACCUGAACGGCCUCGCAGCCAAGAUGGACGAGGGCGCCUGCCUGCGGGUGCGCAUGAGCGACUGCGGCGUCGGCACUUCCGGGACCGACACGGGAGCCUUUGACGGCGGCUUUGGGUUCGGACUUGACCAGGGGAUGCAGAUGCCGCAGCUGCAGCAGGGCUGUGGCAUGACAGCCCUGGACCGGACCAUGGACCAGGCGCUGCAGAUGCUGGACCUGAACCUGUUGUGAGGUGGCGAGGAGGACGGACGUGGCGGGUCGGUGCCCUUGGCUCCCGCGUUGCUUGGGUAGCGGCGCAAGGCGGUACCGUAAGCGCACGUGUCAGCAGCUUUUGUAGUUUGGAUUGGCGCACGGCGCUGGGGUUGGUGAUGGGCUGCAGGCGCUCCCGCUCUUGCGGACCUGGAAUCCUGGACACACAGUUGACAAUGCCCUUCGGUCGACAUCUGACCUUCCAAGGCAAAAUGACGCCUCUUGUAUGUCCGUAUCGUCCG